GUUGGAUUCGGUUUGGUUUGGAUGGGGGUUGAAGGGGGUUGGAAGGGCAGCGUGCUGGUGAUGAUGUACGCGCGGCACGCCAGCGAGCUCAUGGUGGGCGCGUUUAAGAAGGAAAGGGAGAAGGGUGGAGCUGCGGAGGGGGGAGUUGAAGAGUUUGACAUCUCUGGCGGCAAGAGGGAGGCGCUGAACAAGGAAGCAGCGGAGAAGCUUCUCGCGCCCUUGCUCAAGCCCAACAACGGCUGCAAGAAGGUGCCAUUUGCAACCCUCACAACACCUGCUCACCGCACAAUACCUCUUAUCACACCCGUGCUUGCUAUACCUGUGCCUGCCACAACCAUACCCGCUACACCCAUGCCCCCCUACACCCAUACCCCCUACACCCAUACCCCCUGCAAUACACCCGAACCCCACUGGGCCCCUACACCAGUGCUCCCAACCCCAUGUUAUCUUGCUUGA